UCAUCCCUGCCCCCUCCCCAUCUCUCCUGGAGCCCCUUGAGGGACUGGAAGGGGUCCUAAGGGACGGGAAGGGGUCCUAAGCUCCCCUCGGAGCCUUCUCUUCUCCAAGCUGAACAGAGAAGAGCGUAUCCGGGGAGUGACAACCCCCCAGGGGCUGCAGCAAGGAGGUGACACGCACACCCCUCCUUGUCCCUGGGGCUGCCACGUUCGUUAGCGGGGUCCCUAAUUAACACCACCGGCCGGGCAGGCCGUUCCCUGACGCGCGUGGUCCUGUGUUUGGGCUGAGGACGGAGGGGCCGCCCGGGGCGGAGGCGGUGCUGGAUGGCCAGGCCUCCCGCUACUUCGCCUCUCUGGACGCCAGCGUGGGGGCCCUGCAGCAACGAGCCCAGCAGCUCAUCGACAAGGUGAACGACAGCCGAAAGGAGGAUCACACCGUCAUGAGCGGCUUCAGGGAGAGCCUCCUGCUGAAGGUCUCGGGGCUGGCGGAGCAGCUGGAGGAGCGGCUCUUCCAUCUCUACGGCCUCCACAACGAGCUGAUCCAGGAGCGGCUGCAGGAGCUGGCGGAGGUGAUGGAGAGAGUGGGGCAGGCCGAGGACGAGCUCCGGCAGGUUUGCCACACCGUGGAGGCCGCUUACCGGGACCUCUGCCUGCAGCCCGAGACCUGAGACGAGCCCCAAAUCCGCAGGGGUCCCCCCAAAUCUGC